UCAAGUGGCCCCUAGGGCGCACGUACACACGGCUGGUAAAUUCUUGUCGUUAUAGUUCGCUUAUUAGGAGUACUCGCCACUUCAAAAAGCAGCCGCGCACAAUUCUCCUCCGAGCACAUUCGCAGGGCCGCCUACCCGCGCGAUCGUCUGCAGCCUCUUUAAUCAACGCCGCGCGGCUGCGAGAACUCCCGCUGCAUACCGCAAUCAUGAGCGACGGAGACCAAACGUGUGGACCCUCUGACCAUUUCAUGCCAUUUGCAUUGCAUUAAAACAUACUGCGGCAUCAUCCGUGACCUCCGAGCCUGCCUGGAUCGCGAUUUUGAUGCGCUUGCGUAAUGUGCCAAUCCGUCUAGCUUGAUAUACGUAGUAACAAGCAUGCCGCCAGCUGCUAACAGCAACGCGAGAUGUCCGGAGGAAGGCACGUGCCUGGACGUCUUGAAAUCGCCAUCCCGUUCGGAGAAAAUCACACCGAAAACAACGUACCGUGACUUACAGAAACCAAAGCUGUCGGCAUCACGGAAGGUGCAUCUUAAGGGCUUGAUGCUGCUUGUGGCCAAAGAGAGACUGGAACAAGAGAAAAAUGAUCGGGAGGAACAAAAAUCCGCUUACAUGGCUGACAAUGUGAUACGCCUGGAACUCUCCCAUCUCUCCAGCCAGGAGUUGCAGGAUCUCUGCAGGGAAUUGCACAAAACCAUCGACAAGGUGGAUGAAGAAAGAUACGACAUGCAAGUCAGGGUGGAGAAAAACGACAAAGAGAUCAAAGAGCUGCAAAUGAAGAUCUACGACCUCCGCGGGAAGUUCAAGCGCCCCCCGCUGCGACGCGUACGCAUGUCUGCCGAUGCCAUGCUGCGAGCCCUACUGGGUUCCCGACACAAGGUGUCCAUGGACCUGCGUGCCAACCUCAAGUCUGUCAAGAAGGACGACAAGGAGGAGAAGGAAGUUGGAGAUUGGCGCAAGAACGUGGAGGCUAUGUCCGGCAUGGAGGGUCGGAAAAAGAUGUUCGACAUCGCUGGACAGGCUUAAAGUUCAAGAAGAAGAAAAACAAGCAUGUGUUGAUUGGCGGAAGACUGGAGUAAAUGUUUAUAGUUGGUGUUUGGUAGUCCUUAAGCAAUUGAGCAUUGGCCCAGUAGGUUGUAUCUUAUGUUUCCUGUACGAAUUACAAUUAAAUAUUUUUAAUUAUCCUUUUAAAAAAGCAACUGGAUUAUGCUGCAUUUGUAAGUAAGCAUUUUAAAAACGCUGCUUAAUAAAACAUGAUCACACAA